GCCGCCGCUGCCGCCCGCCGCCGCCGCCGUCUGAUGAGCCGCGGCCCCGCCGAGCCGGGCAGCAGCCGCCCCGCCGCCGCGCCGCGCCCCGCCGCCAUGUACCUGCACCCGGAGGCUGCCAGCGGAGGGGCUCCCUCCCGUGACGUCGUCCUCGUCUCUGCCAUCAUCACCAUCAGCCUUAGCGUCACCAUCGUCCUCUGCGGGAUCUGCCAGUGGUGCCAGCGUAAACUGGGUAAGCGUUACAAGACGUCCCUGGAGACCGUAGGCACCCCAGACUCCAGUCGAGGCCGCAGUGAAAAGAAAACCAUCAACGAUCUAGACAGAGACUUUUGGAAUAACAAUGACAACACAGUGCAGCAGAAAUGGAGCUCCUACCCUCCCAAGGAGUUUAUCCUAAACAUUUCACCCUACGCCCCAUACGGUGAUCCACGGCUUUCCCUCAAUGGCUCUCUGUUGUCAGGGGCCAAGCUGACGGCGUCGGCCGCAGCGGGGCUGGCGGGCGAGCGGGACGGCCGCCCCGGCGAGAAGCAGCGCCUCGGCGAGGACGGCAUGAAGAGCAGCAUCUCUGCCCACAGCGAGCCCGGCGCGGGGAAGGCGGGCCGAGGCCGCUGGCACACUGUGCAGAGCCACUUGGCCGCGGGGAAGCUCAGCCUCUCCAAUUUCGAGGACUCCACCUUGUCCACAGCCACUACCCUUGAGUAUAUCCCCACCUCAGCAGGCGACCCCAAAUGCCAGAGGCCCCGCACGCUCAUACGCCAGCAAAGCCUGCAACAGCCCCUCAGCCAGCACCAGCGGGUCAACCACAGCCAGCCCACCACAAGCCAGAGCCUGGGCCACCUCCAGGCCCACAGCGGCUCCUCCUCCGGCACCGGCAAUCCCCGGGGCUCCCGCGGUGGCCAGGCACGCCAGGGCAUCGCCGCCGGCUCCAAGCAUCGGACAGCAGGUGGCCGGAGCCGCUCCAAUCCUGGCAGCUGGGACCAUGUGGUGGGGCAAAUUCGGAACCGCGGCUUGGACAUGAAGUCCUUUCUGGAAGGCCGGAUGGUUGUGCUAUCCCUGGUUUUGGGACUCUCAGAGCAAGAUGACUUUGCCAAUAUCCCCGACCUGCAGCCCGCUGGGACAGAGCCGAACCAGCCGAACGCUCAGGGGGACAAGAGGUUACCGGCCGGUAGCAAGGCAGUGAACACGGCCCCCGUGCCUGGGCAGACUCAGCAGCAUGAUGAGUCCGACCGGAAGACUGAGCCACGCUCCUCCGUCUCGGACCUCGUCAACUCCCUGACGAGUGAGAUGCUCAUGCUCUCCCCAGGCUCUGAGGACGACGAGGGACACGACAGCUCCAGUCGGGAGAACCUGGGCCGCAUCCAGUUCAGCGUUGGCUACAACUUCCAGGAGUCCACCCUCACUGUCAAGAUCAUGAAGGCCCAGGAGCUGCCAGCCAAGGACUUCAGCGGCACAAGCGACCCCUUUGUCAAGAUCUACCUGCUCCCCGACAAGAAGCACAAGCUGGAGACCAAGGUGAAACGGAAGAACCUGAACCCGCACUGGAAUGAGACCUUCCUCUUUGAAGGUUUCCCCUAUGAGAAGGUGGUGCAGCGAGUGCUGUACCUCCAGGUCCUGGACUAUGAUCGCUUCAGCCGUAAUGACCCAAUCGGGGAGGUGUCCAUCCCCCUCAACAAAGUGGACCUCACCCAGAUGCAGACCUUCUGGAAAGACUUGAAGCCCUGCAGUGACGGCAGUGGAAGCCGGGGAGAGCUGCUCCUGUCCCUGUGCUACAACCCCUCUGCCAACUCCAUCGUUGUGAAUAUCAUCAAAGCGCGGAACCUCAAAGCCAUGGACAUCGGGGGGACAUCAGACCCCUAUGUGAAGGUGUGGCUGAUGUACAAGGACAAGCGGGUAGAGAAGAAGAAGACAGUAGUCAUGAAGCGGUGCCUGAACCCUGUCUUCAAUGAGUCCUUUGUCUUCGACAUCCCCACCGAGCGGCUGCGUGAGACGACCAUCGUCAUCACUGUCAUGGACAAGGACAGGCUGAGCCGGAAUGACGUCAUCGGCAAGAUCUACCUGUCGUGGAAGAGCGGCCCCGGCGAGGUGAAGCACUGGAAGGACAUGAUCGCCCGCCCGCGGCAGGCGGUGGCACAGUGGCACCAGCUGAAGGCCUAAGCGCCGGCGCCUCAGCACUGCCCGGCCCCACGGAGCUCCCGGCACGGCCGGAGGGAGCCCGGAGGCGCCCAGGACGGCAGUGACACGGCGCUGGGGGAUGCAGUGCAAGAAGGAGCAAUGCCCCCCCAUCCCCGUCCCCGCCGCGCCGGACUUCUCCAAGUGCUUCCAGCCUCCGGCUCCCCACCCUUCCCCGGAGCCCCUCUGCCCCCGCGGUCCCCCCCUGCAUGAGAGGGGACACAUCCCUGCCCCCGUCCCGCUCCAUAAAACCCUGCCAAGCCGCCGGCAUCAUCUCAGCGGGGCAGCUGGAGCCCGCAUCCUGCCCCCGGGGGGGAUGGCGGCAGCAGGUGCCCCCCCCCCACCCUGCGUCCCCCCCUUCCCCCCCUGGCAGGGCUCUGAAGCCAUGGCCCGUGGUGCAUUAGCCAAAGCGGGCUCCUUUAGUUAUUUCCCUCGGUUGGGUUUGUUGCUUUACUUCUCCCUUUGGGCUCAGGGAGAGCGUGACCGCGGCAGCCCUGUCCUUGCCCAGCCAGGGCCGGCUCCCAGAGCCUCCCCUGCCCGUGGGGCACUGUGCUGGGCGCCCAGCGCUGGGGGCUCUUGGAGGAAGGGGACGGCUCAAGCCCCACCGCCCAUGUCCCAUCCUCGCCCCCACGCUGCCAGUCCCCAGGCUGGGCACCCCUCCUGGUGGGUCACCCCCCCCCCCAGUGCCCCCCCGUGUGGACUGGUGGGGUCAGCGGUGACUGCCUGCCAUGGGCAUGGGGUCCUCCUGACCCUCAUGCGGGGGGGCUGGCUGGUGGUGGAGCAGGUCCAGCAGGCCCCCAGCAGCACUGGAUGUGGCACGUGCCCGGACCCAUCCUCAUCAGCAGCGGGCGGCAUUGCUGCCUUUUGGUUUCCCCUGUGAUGGUCCAUUGCACCACCGGCACUAGGCCAGCAGGGUAUUGCUGACAGAGGCUGCGGAUGCUGGCCAGCGCCAGCAUCCCCACGGGGCCUCGGCAGGGUGGGCACAGCUGGGCACCCCUUAGCGCCCGGCCUCGAGGGUGGAGGCAUGGCAGACAAGGGUGCUACGGCCUCAGCAGCAAUCUCAGGUAGGGCCCCGCGGUGGCCAUGGGCACCUCUGCCCAGCUGCCUGGAGUAAGCCCCAAGCUGGCCGCAUCCCCGAGGGAGCCAAGCCCUCACUGGCUGGGGCUCCCCCAUCACUAGUCUUCCUGGGGGCCUCACCAGCAGCAGUGAGCACCCUGCUGCACCGGCUCCCUGCCCACCCACCGAAGCACUGGUGUGCCAUACUAUGCCAUGCAUGCCAUGCCAUGCACUGCGUGCCAUGCCGUGCCGUGCCAUGCCACCAGUCGCAGGGCAUCCUGCAGCCUGGAGCAAGCCAUGGGCGCCCGAGCCGGGCCGCAAUUCCUGGGGCUGGGGAAGCCCCCCAGGCGCCGCGAGGACCACCGCUUUCGGGCAGUGUGCUGGGCAGGCCAUGUACAGUCAUGAGCCCGUUUCUUUUCUUUCUUUCUUUCUUUCUUUUUUUUUUUUAGAGCAUAACAGUCUUCUUUUAUCUUGUCGAUGUCGUCCCUGUGGUCCGGUGUUUUCUAGCCCACGUAUGGGCACCUAGCGCUCUUUGUGACAGGCACGUUUUUACAAGCAUCACAAUCGCUCUCUUCGGGGCUAAGGGACCCUCCAGCCGCUGCCGCGCUGUUCCCCCCCCCCCCCCCCCAGCCCUGGGAGCAGCUGGGCAGGGUUCAUUUAUCACUGGUGGGGAGAUGCUGCACCAGAUCCCCCCACAUCCAUCCCAAAAAAGUGGCAAUGGAGCAGCCAUUUUGGAGUCCCGUCCAUGCCCUCACCAGGGCAGGGCGACGGCGCCUUUUCCCUAUGCCUCCUGCCCCUCUUUAGACAGUUUCGGACAACCUGGAGAGAAGUAAUAAUACCGCUACUACAGUAAUAAUAACGCUUUUAGGGACACUGGUAUUUUUAGCAUAUUCUCUCUUUUUUUUAACCAAAAAGAAGAGAUUUCUGACACCAGGGCAGGGGCCGGCAGCCAGGCAGGAGUCAGUGCCAGGCUCAUGCACCAAACUGCAGUGCUGCAGCGCAUCCCGCCAGCCGGAGCCAGCCUGGCCCCCCGCACUCACCGGGGCCCCCGCUGUGGUGCCCUGUACCUCUGGGAAGCGUUUCUUUUCUACAGCCAGCUUCCCAGGAGCUGUGUGUUCAUUUUUAACCUCUAGAGAUCUUAGCCGUAUCUUGUUCAGGUAUCGCUCUUCUUCAUGUGAUGGUAACAUCCAACUGGUGUACAAAACACGGGAAAAACAGGAAAAAACAACAACAACAACAAAAGAAAAAAGACAAAACCCCGGGCUGAACGGUGGACGGCGGCUGGCCGGAGCGAGGGGUCGGCUGCCACCUUGUUUCUGCUGGGUUUGCUUACACAACGUGGCAGAUGCAGCGGCCUGACAUAUUUUAUAAUAAUUAAAAAAAAAAAAAAAAGAGAAAGCCGCCACGCUCACAUGGCACUUGUGAGACGCUGGAGGGCAGAGGGCAAGCCUAGCAUGUCACCGGCCUGGACACUGCAGAGGUGGGGGGGGGGUUUCUUUGCAGAAUCCAAUUUUUGGGGAGCGGGGCCCCUCGUUUUCUGGAGGCAGCCCCUGCUCUCAGUAAUAAAGGACAGUCAGCAUC